CAUUUGUAUUCUACAACAUACUUCAAUAGAUAUCUUCUUAAAUGUAUAUUGUUUAACGUCAAUUUAUUUAAUGACUUAUCCACCAAUCCUAGAAUGAUCAAUUCUGGCCUUUGAUCCAAAAUAAUGGCUUCAGACAGUAGAUGCGUUGGAAUUGACAAGUGGCACUUGGGGUGAACAGGGUAGUGAACUAAAUUUUCAACCCCCGAUUCAACCCUUCCAUCGGUAAGGGAUGCCAAGUUUAAAUUAGGCAACCUCAAUUUUUGAGAUUGAGAUAUUUUUAUAUCGUUUUAGAAUUAACAAUUGUUUGACACUCGUCUCAAAUUAUACGUCGAGAAAAUCGGAUACAGAGACUAAACAAUAGAAUGUAAGAUUUGCAAUUCCGUUUAAAUAAAUAAUAUAAAAGAAUACUACAAGUUAAUACAAUGGAGAAUCUUGUAAUUUCAUACUAUUUUCGAGCUGCGGUCGAUGACCCACACGCAUACGUUUCUUGUCGACGACUGACAAACGGCGCACGAUCGUCGACGACGAAAGCUUGCGCGCUUAAUUCCCGUGAGGAGAGUAGGGAGUCGCGAGUAUCAGUCGAUGGUCGCUCAUCCCGUUUCGAUUCCACCUCCGUCGAGUGCUGAUCGUCUCUGGACUCUGAACACGGGCAAGCGCCUCGAGCCCUUAUCAAAAACGAGUGGGAGAAAAAACGGUGGGAGGCCGUGGAUUGCAUAAUAAUCGAGCCGCUCUCAGAAAUGAGAUAGAACCGCGGUCGGACGAGGAACGUCUCUCUGUUUCGAGUGUGCCGGAAACUUCGGGGAUCAUGCAAGGACAUCCGGAUUGGCGAUCGACCAUCGCGGUUACAUGUAGUUUCGUAGUUAUCCUCGUGGCCGUGGUGUGGACCGUGAGGAAAGACAGGAAGCGAAAGGAACCCGAAGCAAACGAUACGAAAGAACCUGAAGCCGUAGAUAAUGGAGGAACUGAAAUAAACUACGAGGCGAAAUCGGAUCCCGAAGUUGAAUGUACGGAACAAGUAAAAGAGGAAACGACUCCUGAGUUACCAGAUCUGAAGUGGUCUAAAGUGGGCCAAAUUCGGGAGCUGUACGUGUACCCAUUGAAAUCUGGACGUGGCAAGAACGUGAAGGAAUGCGACUUCACGGAAUAUGGGAUCAGUAUCGAGGAGACGGGGAAGUUCACCCUGAAAGACAGAAUGUUUCUAGUGUACAAUGAGGAGACCGGACGAUUCCAGACCAGCAGACAAUACCCGACGUUGAUCCUGGUCAGUUUGUCGUCGGUGGACGAAAGCAGAGUGAAGUUGGAGGCCGUGGGAAUGGCCAGCGUGAUCUUCGAGGUGCCGAAGUAUUUGGAGAACGCAACCGAAGCCGUUCAGUGCUCCAUGUGGUGGGGAGAACCGGUCAAGUGUAUCGAUUGUGGCCCGGAACCCGCCGAGUGGCUUUCGACAUUUCUAACUGGUACGAAUGAUGGACUUCGUUUAGGAUACACGAUGAUGAAUAGAAGAAACGUCUUUGCGGAGCCGUGGAAAAAAUUUACGGAAGUAUAUAAGGAACUCCGGAACGAAGAUACCGGUUUGUUCAGCGACCUGGCUAGUUACAUGCUGAUGACCACAAGUUCCAUGAAGGAACUGAACGAUAAAUUAGAGAGACCAGUGCCUACUCUACAAUUCCGUCCAAACAUUUUAGUCUCGACGCAGGAACCGUUCAGGGAAGACAAUUGGGAGUGGAUAAAAAUUGGCGAACGAGUGGUUAUUAGAAACGUGAAACCAUGCUCCAGGUGUAAUAUGGUUGGUGUAAACCCAACGAACGGAGUGAUGGACAAGGAGCCACUAAAGACUCUGAGAACUUUUAGGCAACAAACCAAUCCAGAUCGCAUGUCUCUCGAGGGAAACGCGCCCGUCAUGGGAAUAUACUGUGGACUGUACAUCCCCGGGAAGGUGAAAGUGGGCGACGAGGUGUUCGUUCAAACGUUCAGCGAAUCGACCGCGGAACCUAAUCACCGGGAAGCUGCCAGUUAGACAAAGACCAACGACCAUCGAAAAUUAACUCGCUUUAAAUUGCCUUUCUCUCCGAAAGUAGACGAUGUUCAAUACAAGUUAUACUUAACGCGCUCGCGUGCAAGGGAGAUUAUAAGUAGACUGAGAAUUUAAACAAAAAUCGAUCGUGCAGGAAAUACGAUAAAAUAUUCAAAGCGAAUGUAUGCCGCAGUGCUUAAAUGAUGAAGCAAGUUUUUAAUGUGCAUCUCAAAAUCCGCAGUCUAACUAUAACAGAAAUAGUAUUUUCAGACGACUUCUUAAGAUUCGAAGACAGUAUUAAUGAACGCGACGUCUAUUUUUAAUUCGACGUUAUACGCAAUCGUUGUACAUACCGUGUGUAUCUUAAUUAAGAGAAAGUGAUUUUUUCAGGGCGAAUAUAAAAGUGUUGAAGUUCCUGGAGUCAUGCUUCUCGGAACGUCUUUAAAAUAUAUUGAAAAAACUGUUCGAAUAAAGUUGCAAUUGUUUCACA